ACGGGGAGGGGUCGACGCGAUGGCGGGACGGGCGCGGGGCGGCCGACAGCCUCCGCCUGCCAGUGCCGCGCCGACUGCGACGCAAUCCGCGUGCCGCUGCUUUUUCGCUAUCAAACUGUACAACUUGCUAAUCAUAACUGAAAAGUGUUUUCAUUUGUGUAUAAGUUGAUUGAAGAACUGUUAAGGAUCGCGUUCAAAAGUGUUUUAGUUUGACUGAUUAUUGGGUACUAUCGUGGUUAGUGUGGUGUCACGUGUGUUUACGAAUGAAUGUGACGGCGUAGGCGCUGCCGCAGCGAGUCGCACUCUCCGUGAGAUAUUCGUGCACGCGCAGGUCGUUGCGGCCAUGCUGCAUACCUGAGGAGAGCGAGUGCGCGACUCUGCGCGAACGGGACAUAGCGAGCGCUCCCGCUGCGCGUUGACUUUCGCUGACGAGGAACAGACCUUGCAAUGUUUUUGUCGGUGUCAUGACGAGGAUGGGGCGAUGGCACGUGGCGCUGGCGGCGCUGGUGCUGUUCUGCGGCGCGCGCGUGAACGCCAUCGCCGAACAGAUGCAGUCCCGCGCCGUCGAUACCGGCGUCGACUUGCGAGUGCCUGAAGACCAGCCCGCCGGAACUGUCGUCGGAAGAAUUCCUAUAAAACCUGGUUUCACAUACCGAUUUAAUGAGCCGCCUAAGGAAUUUAUCCUCGAUCCAGUAUCUGGUGAAAUAAGGACAAAUGUAGUUUUAGAUAGAGAAACGGUUGACCGCUACGCGUUUGUUGUACUGUCUAGCCAGCCAACAUAUCCUAUUGAAGUGAGAUUACGGGUAACAGAUGUGAAUGACAACUAUCCGGAAUUUCCUGAAGCCAGCAUCGCGGUUGCUUUUUCAGAAAGCUCUUCCGCUGGUACUAAAUUACUCUUGGAUGCUGCAACAGACAAAGAUUUAGGAGAAAACGGUAUAACUAAUGAUUAUAGAAUAGUCGAUGGUGAUAUUGAAGGAAAAUUUCGGCUUAAUGUUACAGUGAAUCCAAGCGGACAAACGUCCUAUUUACAUUUAGAAACUACUGGUAAACUGGAUAGAGAGACAACAGACUUUUAUGUACUAAAUAUAUCAGCACGUGAUGGUGGCAAUCCUCCAAAAUACGGGUAUCUUCAAGUGAAUGUUAGCAUUCUAGAUGUAAAUGAUAAUCCUCCUAUUUUUGAUCAAAGUGACUUUUCUGUGUCCCUAAAUGAGAGUGUACCGCCUGGGACUGUAGUUCUGAAAGUUACUGCGACGGAUAGUGAUUUAGGAGAUAACAGCAAAAUAACUUAUGAAGUCACUGACACAGAAAAACAAUUCUCAGUGGAUCCCGAAUCUGGUGUCAUAACAACAAUAAAGAAGUUAAAUUGUCCGAAGUAUUGCAGUAAUACUACUUGCAACAUGACUUGUGUACUUACUGUUAUUGCUAAGGAUCACGGAGUACCGCGGCAAGAUGCAAGGACGUACGUCACUGUCAAUCUAAUAGAUGCAAACGACCAUGAUCCUGUGAUAACAUUUACUUACGUGCCCUCCACUGCCAGCUUCGCAACAGUUGAUGAGAAUGCUAAAAACGGCUCUCUUGUAGCGGCUAUAACGGUUACGGAUCUGGAUGCGGGAUUAAAUGGCAUCACUAGUGUAAACAUAGUGUCUGGUAAUGAACUAAAUCAUUUUCGCUUGGAGAAUUCUUCUAGCGUAUACAUAGUGCAUGUAAAUGGAAUUUUAGACCGAGAAGAAAUAAGUAAGUACAAUUUAACAGUUGUUGCUACGGACCGAGGAACGCCACCUCGUACUGCUACCUCAUUUCUAGUAAUUCAUGUCAAUGAUGUUAACGACCAUGAACCAGUAUUUGAAAAGUCUGAAUACUCAGCGGUAUUAUCCGAACUUGCACCAUCGGGAACUUACGUUGCCAGUAUUACCGCUACUGACGAAGAUACCGGCGUCAAUGCUGAAAUAUACUAUGACUUCUAUGACGGAAAUCAACAACAAUGGUUUUUCAUCGACCAUUUGACUGGAUUAGUAACAACAAAGUCCAUUUUAGAUCGUGAGAUACAAGGAACUGUUGAAUUAAAUGUUUCCGCAAGAGAUGGGGGUCCUAAUCCAAAGUGGGCAUACACUAGACUAAAAGUUACUAUUUUAGACGAAAAUGAUGAGGCUCCAACUUUUCCACAAACGCAAAUUAAUGCUACACUUCCAGAAAAUAUAAAGCCUAUGAAAGAAAUUCUUAUUUUGACUGCGUCUGAUUAUGAUCAAGGCACAAAUGGCUCUGUUUCGUACUAUUUGCCCAUGAGUAUAGAAAGGAAAUAUCCUGACACAUUUGUUCUUGACCCCAUUACCGGUCAGCUUAGCACAAUUAUUGAAUUAGAUAGAGAAAGAAUUUCUAUGUAUGAAAUUCAGGUGCUUGCCAAAGAUCAAGGGUUCCCUCCACAAUCAUCUACAGCUACAAUAUUUUUAAAAGUACUAGAUGUUAACGAUAAUAAUCCAGAAUUUUAUCCCCAACGAUAUAUCGAAAGUUUAAACGAAGAAUUAGCUCCCGGUUCGCAAGUUUUACAAGUAAACGCUUUUGAUUUAGAUGAGGGCGAAAAUGCCCGUAUAAUAUACAAGCUUGAGAGCGGUGGUGAUGGAUAUUUUGACGUGGAACCUUGGACUGGCAAUAUCAUUUUACAAAAAGACUUCCGUAAGUCAUCAGAAACUAUGUAUACAUUAAAAAUAUCAUGCAAAGAUAAGGGUAAUAGACGUGCUUCUGUAGAUGCCAUUGUCGAAAUAGUUAAAACAUCACAGAGCAAAACUCUCCAGUUUGAUGGAUAUAAUGGCUAUAACUUCAAAAUAGUUGAAGACGAAGGAACAUCAAAACCUGAAACUGGUCGAUACGUGGGCAAAGUGAGUGCUAGAAUAUCAAGUGACACAAUAUCUUAUUAUAUUUUGGAAGGGGAUCGUAAACAUGUUUUUAGAAUAGAUGAGAAAAGUGGUAUCAUAACGACUGAUUCGAAUGUUGACCGAGAGGACAAAAUGACUUACCACUUGAAAAUAAUGGCUAAAACUGGAGUCGCAUAUGGUUUCACAACUGUAAAUAUAUCUGUAUUAGACGUAAAUGACAAUUAUCCAAUAUUCAUCGAAGAUAAAGAUGAAAUUCAUAUACCAGAAAACAUGGCGGUCGGACAAGAAGUUUAUUUUGCCAGAGCGACGGACCGUGAUUCUGGUUCUAAUAGGACCAUAUUUUAUACGCUGAGCUAUAACCCAGAUAAUAAUUUUCGUAUAUCCGAUAAAACGGGUGUCAUAUAUUUAAACAAACCAAUCACGAAUGAACCUAGCAGCGUUAUAUUUGUCGAAGUUACAGCAACAGAUAAUGGAAGUCCAGCUCUUGCUACUAAACAUUCAAUAUCUGCAAUCAUUGAUGAUGUUAACGACCAUACACCAGUGUUCGAUCAUACGUCAUAUGAAACAUCACUAUUAGAAUCUACUUUGGUCAAUACAAGAUUUUUUGCCAUCGCUGCUUCAGAUGCCGAUUUAGGUAUGAGUGGUCGAAUAUCUUAUUAUAUAGAAGAAGGCAAUACAGACGGUAAAUUUGGAGUGUUUCCGGAUGGAUAUUUGUAUGUCAAAAGCCUGUUAGAUCGGGAAGAGCGAGAUUAUUAUUCUCUGACAAUUGUCGCUACGGACCAUGGUAAACCUCCGAGAUCAUCUCAAGUUCCAGUUGUAAUACAUGUACUUGACGAAAACGAUAACAGUCCACAAUUUACAAAUACUACAUUCAUAUUCAAAAUCAAAGAAAAUGAACCGUCCGAUACCUUUGUGGGUAAAUUAACAGCAACUGAUAAAGAUAUAGGACGUAAUGCUGAGUUAACAUUUUCAUUACCGAUUGCACAAAGUGAUUUCAGAAUUGAUCCUAGAAAUGGAUUCAUAAAAACUUUGAAAUCUUUUGAUAGAGAGGUUUUGGCACGCAACACCGGCCAAAAUUAUAUUACUUUAACAGUUACUUAGUGACAAUGGAAA